AUGGGACUAAAGGGUUGCACAGGCUCAUGGGUUUCGAAGUUUUACGCAUGUCACAGUGUUAAGAAAGAAUCUCCUGGCUCCGCAGCGAAGCCUGGAGCAACCGUACAGGAGCUGAUGGAGUUGAUUUCCUCGUCGACACCAAUGUGGCAAAGAACAUCGACACGACCUGAAUCGGAUAUCUUCGGAUCAACGCCGACAUUGACUAUUUUCGUCGCUCACGGUCCAACAUCAAGCUACGAAGAGGAAGCUACAUGA